AAGAAGAAAAUGACUUGACCCAAACAAACGUCUUUCAUCACAUGUGAGGGACACUUUUUAGGAUAAUAACGCUUUAUACCAUUAUCGCACUAUCGUCCAAAACAAUGCAGGUUGGUUAACACGCUAAUAUGUUGACUCGGAGAUGUUUCCGAUGUGUGACUGCGGUCAGAAACACUCUGUUUACGAGAGGCUGCUCCACGGUGCAGGGGGACGUCAGAGUCAGGUUUGCACCCAGUCCCACAGGUUUCCUUCACCUCGGCGGCCUCCGAACGGCUCUCUAUAAUUACAUCUUUGCAAAGAAGUAUGGAGGCUCGUUCGUCCUGCGCCUGGAGGACACGGAUCAGAGCCGGCUGGUGCCCGGAGCGGCCGAGUCCAUCGAGGACAUGCUGGAGUGGGCCGGCGUCCCUCCAGAUGAGAGUCCUCGUCGGGGGGGGCCGGUGGGUCCGUACCUGCAGUCCCAGAGGCUGGAGCUCUACCGUCAGACCGCAGAACAGCUGAUCGAGAGCAAACACGCCUACUACUGUUUCUGCAGCUCUCAGAGACUCGACCUGCUCAAAAAAGAGGCUUUAAGGAACGGACAGACACCCAGGUAUGAUAACCGGUGUCGGCACCUCCGGGCUGAGCAGGUCCAGGAGAAGCUGGAUCAAGGAGCUCCACGUGUGAUCCGGUUUCGUCUGGAAGAAGGUGUCGAGCAUUUUCAGGAUCUGAUCUGUGGGCGGAGUCAUCACGAGGUGGCCCAGGUGGAGGGAGACCCUGUGGUGAUGAAAGCAGACGGUUUUCCCACCUAUCACCUGGCUAACAUCGUAGACGAUCACUACAUGAGGAUCAGCCACGUGCUGCGGGGGUCCGAGUGGCUCAUCUCCACCUCCAAACACCUCCUCAUGUACCGAGCCCUCGACUGGCAGCCGCCCACCUUCGGACAUCUGCCGCUCCUGUUGAACAAAAACGGCAGCAAACUGUCCAAGAGGCAGGGGGACAUUUUCCUCCAAAGCUUCCAGAGGGACGGAGUACUGCCCGAGGCUCUGCUGGACAUCACCACCAGCUGCGGCUCGGGGUUCAACACCAUUGGAAUUGGGCGGAGGAUAGAUGAGUUGAUCGCCGAGUUUAAUCCUUCAAAGAUCACGACACAUUCUGCGCUCUUAGACCUGGAGAAACUCCCAGAGUUCAACAGAAUUCACCUGCAGCACCACAUAGAAGAUGAGGAGCAGUGUGCGACGCUGAUUAAAGGUCUGCAGGCACAGAUCCAGCAGGUGUGUGGAGAAGAGAUGCAGGAGGAAGUCCUGCAGGAGGAUUACAUCAGACGGGUGCUGCACCUUCGUAAGGGUCACAUCUCCUCUCUGAAGGAGCUUGUCGGUCCCGCCUACUCUUACCUGUGGGUUCGUCCGUCUGUCUCCAGCCAGCAGGUGGCAGCGAUCACUGCAGAGGCUCAACACAUCGCUGCUCUAGUGCUCAAGUUGAUAGCAGAGUGCGGCGAGGAGCUCACGGUGGAUCGACUCAGUAAAGAUCUGAAGACUCUGGUGAAGCAAACGAAAGGCAUCAAGUACGGAGAAGUGAUGAAGCUUCUGCGCCUGGCUCUCAGCGGUCUGCAGGUACCCGAAGGCACCAUGGUCGUUUAUAAACUGUAA